AUGGCCACCAUCAGGUCCAGGCGAAGCCUCCGCACCAACAUCAGUGUGGCACUGGCGAAGGCCAGCAGCCCUGGAGGCCCGAGACCCUGGUUAAUUCGAUUGCUUUCUCAGUGCAAAAAGGACGGGAUGUGUGAGGUCACGUGCAAUCACUUUACUUCACUCAAGAGAAACGCUUUUAUUGUCAAAGCGCCUUCUGACCGUUAUUACGGUGACAAAGAUGAGGAUGCACAGUGUCGCCGCUUCCGCUUAACCGUGCACUCUGAGAUAAUUAUAAUGGAGAUAUUAUUUCUCAUGGAGGAAAAAGAUUGUAAGAACUGUAAUAUGAGAAAGUUAUUUAAAAUUAUAAUAAGCCUAGACGACUUGCUCAGGUGUGGGGUGACUUUUGCUGCCAACAUAGUGGCCAUGGACAAGGAGAGCACCAUGAGUGUCGAGGAAGACUACAUGGCCGACGCCAGGACGAUCGUGAGCGUGCAGACCCUCUUCAGCUAAGAGUUGUUUUCUAGUCUCAGUGUUAUCACAGAGCUCACCCACCCAGCCAACGUGAGAUUCAUGCACUUCAGCCUUGCUCUUUCAAAAGUCGAAAAGAAAGAAUGAGGGAGAGGUUCUAAUUUGGCUUUUAUGUUCCGACUGCCUUUUGCUGCGGGGAGGGUGUUUAGCAUCAGUAUGCUGGACACACUUCUUUACCAAUCAUUUGUGAAGGACUAUAUGAUUUCUUUCACCAGACUCCUGCUGGGGUCAGACACCACCCCAGGGUCGGGCUUCCUUUGUUCUAUGGAAAUCACCGAAGAUGACUUAGGGAUGAGAACGUACGCUCGCCUUGAUCAGAAGUUGUGUUCUUCUUCUGGGAACAUCCCCAUUGGGAGCUACUGGACUGAAUCUCAGAAAAUGACUACAGCUGAGAAUGCAAAGAUAUUUUCUUAUUCUCAAAUAUCUAUCAGUGUGGAAGAGUGGGAAAACACCAAAGACUGCAAAGAACAAGGUCAUCACCGAGGCAACCACUGCAACUCCAUGCCCAGCGACCAAUUCGGCCAUCCCCUGCUGAGGAGAAAGAGCAUAAAGUGGGGAAGACUGAGCAGAAAAGGUCCCAAACGCUCUGGUAAAACAGCUGAGAAAACAACCCAGCGGCGACUGAACCUCUACAGGAGGUCAGAGAGACGAGAGCUCGCUGAACUUGCGAAAAACAGAACAAAGCAUCUGGGUCUGUCUACAGUGGAGUAUGAUGAAAUGAACGAUCAUCAGAGCACCGUGUCCUACAUCCUGAUCAGCCUGUCUCCACGCACCAGACUGGAGCUGGACGAUGUUGUGUACUUAAUCUGACCAGAUCCUCUGGCGUAUCUCCCAAACAAUGAACCCUGUCGAAAAAACAGCAUCUGCACCACUGGUCAAGAGUCUCAGGAGGAAGCCCAGCUUUGA